UGCUGCGUCUGCCUGGAGCCGCACGAGGUCGGCUCCGUGGCCGCGCGGCUCCCCUGCGGCCACCUCUUCCACGAGCAGUGCGUUACGGAGUGGCUCACGCGCCACUGCUCCUGCCCCGUCUGCCGCUUCGAGCUCGCGACGGACGACGCGGCCUUCGAG